AAAUGACAGAUGUCAUAAAAAUUCUAAAUUUGUUGGCAAAAUUACGCACGAACAAUAAAAACUUCAGAAUAAAACGCGACAGAAAUGCUAGUGUAUCGUACAGAACGAGUAUCCCGUCAGCUGCCAAUUAAAUAGGAAAACGGGAAGCAGAUUCUUCAAAAUUUAUCAAAGAUAACCGACCCCCCGAGACAUGUAUUGUUUACAGUGUUUGAUUCCCGUACUACUACUUCCAAAGCCCAACAAUCCAGCUUCACAACAGACGCACGUUCUGUUCAUCGUCUUAUACCUAAUCGGAUUCUUCCUGGAACGAAAACCAUGUCCGAUCUGUAGUUUGGUAUUUCUGACGGCAGUGUUCCUAGUAUGUUACAGUGGUGUUGGAAAUUGUUUAUUUUGGGGCAAUUGCGAAGGACACAUCUGCGAGAAUGGAUAGUGAAUUGUUUUAAUUAAUUCGGAUUGAAUCCGUGUUUGUGAACUCAAUAUAUGCGUGUGGUUAUAAUGAAUAUUUAUCAGAACAGAAUAAUAUUAAAAUUUGUAAUCUUAAAUCGGUAAGGUCGUAAAUUUUCAGUGAUGCUCCAAUGACUAAUCAUUGAAGAAUGAGUUUUUUUUUUCGUUUGAUGUUUGCAUUUAUUAUUUGAAAUAAAUUUGCUCUAUUGAUUUUAGUUCGACGCAUAUAGUCCCAUACAUGUGUCGUCUGUCGUCGAUAAGAUAUAUAAUUUUGUCCAAGAUGUUCAGCUAAACUGUACACCAAUGCAAUGGUGUAUUACUGAACAUAAAUUCGGUUAAAAUUAAGAACUUGACUGUUAAUGCUUUUUCUUUUAAAGUUAACGUACUUUGAGUUACCAAAAAUUUGUAGACGCACCAAAUUCCUUUUUUUUAGAACAAAAAAAGGAAAAUCCUAAUGUUAUGAAUUAUGCAUAUAAAAAAUGGUAAA